AUGGUAUCCAGGGAGCGGACGGAGGCGCUGGCGAGGUCGUUCGCCCAUCCCGAGUUCUUCUUUCACGAGGGCGGGCACGGGGUGCCGCUCAGCAAGGAAUUUCGCGACGCGCUCAGAUCGUUCGCACUGAACCCAGCUGUGAACGCGGCGACGACGACUCAGCUGGCGACGAGUGUUACCGACGAGCGUUGCCAUCGUUCUCCUCUUGCCAUCGUUCAUCCUCCUCUGAGUAAGCCUCGGCACUCGCUGGCGCCGACGCGGUUCCUCUUUGUCAACGGCGUGGGUCCGUGCGUGGGCGUCUCGACCGAGGCGGUGAGGGAAUCGUUCGGGGAGUACGGGGACGUGGACGGGGUGGACAUGUUCGACCCGUCCAUGGCGCGGUGCGUGGUGACCAUGUCGCGGGUGGAAGACGCGAUCGCGGCGCAGGCUGCCACGCACGAGACGUGCAGACCGGACCUGGGCGAUCGAAGGCUCUGGGUGCGGUUCUCGAGCGAUCCCAACGCGACGGGCGGGGAACCGGAGUCGAGAGCUAAGCAGGAGGAGACGUGGUGCGCGGCGACGCGGGACUCGGCGACGCUCGGCGUGCCGGGGGUCACCCUGAUUACGGAUUUCGUCACCGAGGAGGAGGAGCGCGAGAUGCUGGCGUGCGUGGACUCGGACGAGCGGUGGCAAGGGCUCGCCAAGCGGAGGGUGCUCCACUACGGGUACGCGUUCGACUACGGGACCAGAGACGCGAGAGACAAAACGUCGCCGAUGCCCGCGUUCGUCGCCGGGUUACUUGGCCGUGCGGCCUCGUGCGGCGCGCCGGGUGCUUGCGAGAGCGUGCACUGCGAUCAGCUCACGGUGAACGAGUACGUGGCGGGCGUGGGGAUAGCGCCGCACGUGGACACGCACAGCGCGUUUGGGCCCACGAUUUUGUCGUUGUCGCUCGCGGGUCGCGCGGUGAUGGAAUUUCGGCUGCACGAGGGUGGGGAGAAAGAGCCGAGGGAGAGGAGGGCGAUAUCGAUGCCUCCGCGGUCGCUGCUGGUUCUGCACGGCGAGGCGAGGUACAGGUGGUUGCACUACAUACCGCAUCGCAAGCGGGACGCGAUUGUCGGCGAGGACGAAUGCGAGGCGCGGGAGGAGAGGAGGGUGAGCUUCACGUUUCGGCGCAGGAGGGAGGGCGCGUGCGGGUGCGAGUGGCCGGAAGCUUGCGACAGCAGGGAGGGUGCCGCACAGCGGUUGAAGGACAGGGAAGGGCGCGGGUUGGCUUCGUGA